AUGUCAAGAGUUUUGCGAUUAAUUUUAAAUGGAUGGCCAACAAUUUUUGAAAGUUCAGAAGAACUUAUUCCGUAUAUCCGUAGGAAGACGGAACUCUCUACUCAUAAGGGCUGUAUCUUGUGGGGUAGUAGAGUAGUUGUACCUCCCACAUAUCAAAAUCAAAUUUUGAAACUUCUUCAUGGUUAUCAUCCGGGAAUCAAUUUAAUGAAGGCCUAUUCCCGUAGCUAUGUGUGGUGGCCUAACCUUGAUAAGCAAAUAGAAUUAGAAGUCCAACGCUGUGACCAAUGUCAAACAAACAAAGGAAAUCCACCAGCAGCACCACGACAAUUUAUUAAGCCCCCAGAAGAUCCAUGGAACACCUUGCAUAUAGAUUUUGCUGGACCAUUCCAGGGAUAUACAUUUUUGGUCAUAGUGGACUCUAUGUCAAAGUGGCUUGAAGUAAAAAUAGUACGCAAUAUGUCAUAG